UUACUCUCCCGAUAAAAGUAGGUGAUUUUAUUUCGGUUACGAGAAUGACUGACUUUCGGUUAAGCUCGAGUGUGUAAUCGGUUAUUUUUUAACAAGGCUUGAAAGCUUUUUAAUGCAAUGCGCCAAGAAUGAGCAAAUCUUUACCAGUUGUUCUGGCCCUGUUUCUUACCGGAUUUUUUUCCAGUUUCGAACAAGAAAAAUAUUUGCCUCAUCAUAGAAAAACAGUCUUUCAGUCCGACAACACCAUAUGUAGAACAACUCCGGGAUUUACCAAACUUCAGCUUGAGCUUUGUUAUCGCUAUCCAGGAGAAAUGGUGGCAGCUCUUCACGGAAUCAAACAAGCAGUGAAAGAAUGCCACUAUCAGUUUUUUAAUUAUAGGUGGAAUUGUUCAUCGCUUUCGAUGAAAACCAAAAAUUCCUACACCAAUAGCAUUUUUAAAAAAGGUUUCAGGGAAACUGCUUUUGCCUACGCCAUAACUUCAGCCGGCAUUGCUAUUUCUGUGGCGAAAACUUGCAGUCGAGGUGUGUUGAUGAAUUGUGGCUGUGAAACACACAACUCGUACAAAAAAAAUGCAUGGAAAUGGGCCGGAUGUUCACAUAAUUUGCAUCACGGAAACAAAUUUUCGAAAAUGUUUUUUGAAUCGAAGGAAGUUAGCGACGACAUACAUUCACAAAUUAAUCUACACAACAGUAAAAUUGGUCGAAUGGUACCCAAAACAGUUAUUUCCAAUAUGCAAAUAAAAUGUAAGUGUCACGGCUUAUCGGGCAGUUGCGAACUAAAGACGUGUUGGAAACAAGUUCCAAAUCUACACUACAUUGGAAAAACUCUUAAAGAAAAAUUUGAAUCGGCCAUUCAAGUCGAACAAGCUAAUUACUUUACAAAUCGGAAUUUCAAAAUAAUUAACUACAAGAAAAAGCUAAAACAACGAUUGAAAUCGAGACAGUGGACUCCUCACAAAAAAAAGCAUAAACGCGGUCUAAAAAACAAUCUUCUAUUUUACGAAAAAAGUCCAAAUUUUUGUGAACCGGAACCAUCUCUUGACGCUUGGGGCACUUCUGGAAGACUUUGCAGUGUGAAUGCCACCGACCAAAGUAGUUGUUCUUCUCUGUGUUGCGGAAGAGGUUAUAAUUUAAUUAAACAACGACAAACUAUAUCAUGCUUUUGUAUUUUUCGCUGGUGUUGUACAGUUGAAUGCCAAAAGUGUAUCGAAGAAAAAUGGAUCAGUAUUUGUAAAUAAA